UAAACUUUGAGCCAGCGCUGAAGACUAGUGUUUCUGUAUUUACCAAUUAACAGUUUAAGCCAACAGACUAUAAAGCUCCCCCUUUUUUUUCUUUUUCUAUCAAUGGCGCUCGACAGGGAACCUUUGAAAGCAGGCAGGGCUCCGUUUUGACGAAGCUCAAAAAGUCCGCGGGGAAGUUCCCUAGGAAAUCCCCCAAGACGGUUCGGGGAUAUUACUCUCGACACACUGAUGCGCCAGAGCUCCGACACAACUGACCUCCUCGGUGUGUUUUCUACAGACACAGGAACCUGCAGCAGGAGCGUCAAAUGCUGGAUUAUUAAAAGACCGAGCUGUCCUGUCAAAAAAAAAACAACAACAACAACAACUCACGAAGCGCCCGCCAUGGAUAAUAACGUCAGUAUAGACACGGAUAACGACGUGCUGAAAGACAAGAUGCGGAGUUACAGCGUGCUCAAUACUCUGUACCAUGAGAGCAGGCAGCAGAUGGACCUCCUCAACAAGCAGAUCUGCGUCAAGGACAACAUCAUAGCGGACUUGAAAGCCAGGCUGGGCAGACACGAGAGGAUCUACAUGACGGUGGGAGAGAAGGACUCGAUGGUGAUCGGUCCGUCCAACUCUCUGGUGGACAGUCUGCUCAAAGAAAUAUGCAAACUAAAGCAGAAGAGGAGCGACACGGAGUUCAAGGCAGCCCGACAAGCAGAGGAGAUCCAGAGGCUGAACUUGCAGCUCAGGGAGAAGGAGCUGGAGCUGGAGAGCAUCAGGUGUCAGCCGGACCACGAGAAGGACCGGGAGAUCCACAGGCUGCGCUCGGCCCUGGAGGAGAGGGAGCGGUCCGAGGCCACCAGGACCGUCCUGUGCACGUCGCUGGCCGAGGAGGCCGACCAGCUGCGCGGCCAGCUCGGGGCGACUGUGAAGGUGUGUCAGGAUCUGCUGGCCAGGCUGGAGAAAGAGAAAAUGGGGGGAGGAGAAGGAGGAGAAGUGGAGGAAGUGGUCCACCAGCAAAAGGCUAAGGAGACGUCAGAGCCGUCAGACAAGAGCGCUGUUAAUGCCCAAAUCCGUCAGCUCCAGGAGGAGAAUCAACAGCUAAAGCAGCGUGUGGCAUAUGUGCAAGGUCUGAACUCUCAGUGGCAGAAGUAUGACUCUAGCAGGGAGGAGUACAUCAGAGGUUUAUGUCAGAGGCUGAAGGAGAGCACUGGGCAGGGCUUGUUGCCUGUGAUGGGCUCCGUCAGCAGUGGGUUGCUUCAUCAAGAGAUUUCCAGGCUCAACGGCUUGCUGCAGGACAAAAUGAGUGAGUGUGCGAGACUGCGUAGAGACGUGGAGGAGAUGAGGAGACAAGACCAGGAGCGAAUCCAGACACUGGAGCAGCAGGUUCUCAUCUACGCUGAUGACUUUAAAUCAGAGCGUGCUGACAGAGAGCGGGCGCAGGGGCAGAUUGAAGACCUGAAGGAGCAGAUGUCUCAAUUGAAGCAGCAGCUACACAAACAGCAGGGAGCGAGCAGAGACAGCAGAGACGUGGUUCCCAUGUGUCGUGUGCGCAUAGGACACAGGAUCACCUCAAGGCGAAAUAAGGACACUUCAGAGCCUCUGUUGAGGACGCCUGCUGAGAGACAGCAGCAGCAGCAGCAGCAGCAGCAGCAACCUGCAGCUGCAGCAGCAGCACCAAGCUCUGUCUGGAGGGAAAUCCCAGGCCUGUCGGAGCUGCAGUGCCCGCAGUGCCUCGCCAGGUUCAAUGACACGGACGCUGCAGAGUACCUGAACCAUUGUGAAGAGUGUGCCCAGCUAUAGGCGGAGCAACACUCAUUUGGAAAUAACAGUUAUCUCUUACUGACAGUAACUGAACACUGAAGACCAGCACUACACUGCAGAAAAGAACCUGGUGGAGAGUCCAGAUCGGAGACGCUUGACUACAAAUGAAACAAUUGACUUAAGAUGUUAACUUUACAUAGUGAAGCAAACUAUACGACCCAAAGUUCCACUGUUAAAAGAGAAAUGAGUUCAUCAAGCCUUUUAAAUCUGCAUAGUAAAAAAAAAAAAAAAUAAAAAUCCAGUGUCAGGUUCUGAGAGUUCUCCUGUAGCAUUGCAGGAGAUUAUUGUAGUGGGGAAGAGGAUGCUAAUGCAAUAUAUCAAAUAUCAUAUACCUCAGUGUGUCACAUUACAAACCUGUUGCACUUUCUUGACAUUUCGCCAAAAACUAAUCGUAAAAUCAUACGAUUAAGAGAUUUGUGAUGCAUAAGCUUCUUAUUUUGGACAUCUAGUCAACAAUGUGGUGCUAUUGUUUAUUUUUUCAUUGAACUUUACAUGUUUCUGUUCUGUAAAGUAUAUAUUCGUAAUAACAGAUUUAAAAAUAUCUAACUAUAUUGCUAUUUAUUCUCUCUGUAUAUCUACCUGGAAAAGGCAUUUUAGUGCAAUGUUGUGUUGCCUUUUCCCCACCAAAGCCAUAAAAUAUAUCUAUAUUUUUGGUAAACCUUUGGGAUCAAAUAUGUUAAAUACAUUACAACUCGAGACAAAUGUUUGAGAUUCACUUUUUUGAAACGGUGUAUGUAAAGAUUGAUUCCCAACUGACAAUAUGCUUAUUUUUGGAGAUGUGCCAGUUCUCUGGAGGUGGCACUAUUUUUGUAAUAAAAGACUGCUUACCCACAUUUUA